CCCCCACUUGUUCAGGCUCCUUCCGUUGAACUCCUCACCGGCCAGACUUGUGUUUUAACUUUCGUGAAACAACACCAAGACAAUUUUGUGGCCUUGUAUAGGGUGCUUCGUAACAUUACUACAUGGACGUGAAUGUAGACUUUGGUGAAUUUACACUUCGGUGACUUAAGUCUACUCUUAAGUAGCGAGGAUAGAGAGGAAAGGAGGAAAAGUCCGUCGUCCAGUUCUCCUGCGGAUAAUUUUUGUGUGACCCAGACAUCUGACCAGAGAGAUUGUGUUCGUGGGCAAGACCUAUUGCUUGACCAUGUAAGUUGAUUCAAUUAUUCUUCUCAGAUGUGAUUGAAGGUUUUUUUUUUGAAAAAGUUGAGUAGUAUUUUUCUUCCCCCAAGUUGUAGUGGUUGAUCAAUGUUCAGGCAUCGUUUGUAUUAUUGAAAGACGGUUGGCUUUAAACAAAAACCAAAAACUAAUCAAGUUUAGGAUGAAAAUGUGUCCAAAUUGACUUGAUUUAGUGAUAGAUAAGAAUCUUCGGUAAAUUCGGAGAGCAGACGCCACAUGGCUGCCAUCUUGGUUGACACGACCAGUUAAUUAUGUCACUAAACCUAAACUAAAUGUAUCCCUAAACCUAAACUGAACCCUACUUCACUGCAACCAUAAUAAACACUUCUUCUUCUUCUUCGAUAUCUUAAGGGCCUUCGAUCAAUUUCUUGAUCAUUUUGUCUCCUAUGAAUGUAGAUGGGAUUAGCAAUUUUUCUGUGCCUGGUGCUGACAUUUCACUGAUUUCCAGUGCCACUUUUGUGAGGGAAUCAUGCACUGGGGGUUGGAAGGCUUGAGACAAUGGACACAAAUGAGUCUAGUUUUGUCGCCUCAAAUGUUCCUUUUGAAAGCGUGUUCCAGUCCCUGAUUGUCUCGGCGACAUCUCUCCAAAUUAGCCAAAUCUUUUGUCCUACAUCAUGACUUACAAUUACUGUUACUUCUGUCCUACAGGACUGAAUUAGUAUUACAACUUGAAUACCGGUAGUACUAAAAACAACUUUAUCGAGGUUGUUGAUUUUUUUUUUUUUGGCGCGUGACCACAACAGAUGUCUACCGGUAGCUGUGAUACUAACCUGUCAGCGGAGAGGGCAUGCGCACGGAUAAAAAUUUGACGGAUAUGUGGCCAGCGGACACUAUACAGUGACACUUACCAAACACGUGGCUGUGGAACCUGUUUGCUCAGUUUUUGUUUGUCACGAGCAGCACGUGAUCUCAGAAAUCACGUGACUUGCAUGGCCAUGGCCUACUACCUGGUUGAGAUUCUCAGAAGCAAAUAUAUUGUGUGAGCGUACCUAUGGGAAGUAAAGAGGUCCACUCAGUCCACUCAAGUUAAGCUGCUCACGCCAUACGUAUGCUUUGUCUUGCUCUUAUGGGAAGGGGUAAUUAUCUCCAAAUGUCAUGGUAAAUUUGGGUAUGUGAAGAAUGUCAACGAUUGUUCGUAAUUGGUCCAUCAGGCUAGGUCUUGCAUUCAUUCUCUUCCACAAAUCGCUCAUUUCAUUCCUGACUUUUAAAACCAUUUUUUUUUUGCCAUAGGGUGAUUAGUGACAUCCUCACUGUGACCCUCAUCCUGACCUUGACCCUCAAUGACCCGUGUCACGCUGUGAAAGAGAUGCGUGCUGCGAUGCUCGUCCUUUACAUUCAAGAUUGUUUCCUGCCCGGUGGAAGCGUGGCCGUUAACCAAGGGGAAACAAUCAUUCCUAUUAUCAACAAGUAAGUCUAUAUUGAUUUACGGCCCUUUAUCACAGUUGAGUUGAACCUUGUAGAAUUCCAUUCUUUUUUUUUCUUUUUUUUUGGCGUCUAAUAGAUGUGGAGUCUUACAAAUUUGUAAGGCUGUCACUCCAACUUCAGAACAUUUUAGAAAUGAUUGAGGGGAACCAACCCACCCAACUUGUAUCUCCCUGAUGACGUGACAAUUAUCUCCCUGAUGACGUGACUAUAAUCUACGUCAGGCCUGCACAAUAUACGGCCCGCGGGCCGCAUAUGGCCCGCCUGCACCCACUUUGUGGCCUGCGAGGUAUCGAAAAACUUGUUAUUAUUAUUUUCUUAAUAAUUUACCCCCUGAACUAUAGUUUUUGGCCCGCACAAGUCCUGUCUUAUUUUCUUUUGGCCCGCACACGUUUUUCAUAAUGCAUUAUGGCCCGCCUAACAUUUUGAGUUGUGCGGGCCUGAUCUACCUGAUGACGUGGCUAUAAUCUACCUGAUGACGUGACUAUCAUACAUGAUAAUGUGGCUAUACUACCUAGAUUACGUGACUAUCAUACCUGGAGGACGUGACUGUCAUACCUGGAGGACGUGACUAUCAUACCUGGAUGACGUGACUAUCAUACCUGGAUGACGUGACUAUCAUACCUUGAUGACGUGACUAUCAUACCUGGAUGACGUGACUAUCAUACCUGGAUGACGUGACUAUCAUACCUGGAUGACGGGACUAUCAUACCUGGAUGACGGGACUAUCACACCUGAUGACGUGACUAUCCCACCUGAUGACGUGACUAUCCCACCUGAUGACGUGACUAUCCCACCUGAUGACGUGACUAUCCCACCUGGAUGACGUGACUAUCCUACUUGGAUGACGUGACUAUCCUACCUGGAUGACGUGACUAUCCUACCUGGAUGACGUGACUAUCCUAAUUUAUUAACAUGAUUUUUCUUCCUGGAUGAUGUAACAAUAACCUACCUGAUUAUUUUUUUCCUACAAAGAGACUAGUUUUCGUUUAGCUGAGGAGAAAAUAUUAAUCUUAUUUCCUUAUUCAGUUCUAACAAAAUUCCACCAGUUUACACUUUCAGGCUUAAAGUUAUCAGACGCCGAAGCAAGUUUUGUAUAUAUAUAUUUAACUCUAUAUUUGAAAGUUUGAGAUGAAUGUCAAACAUUUUCUCGACCACAUAUUUCCCCAGCAUCCGUAAAGACUCCGGCGAGCUUUUUAAACUGGUGGUGCUGUCCAAGGAAUCGCAUUGUCCCCAUCAUGUAUCAUUCGCCUCGUCCCAUCCGGGAAAGGCGCCCUAUGACGUAGUUCAAAUAAAAUAUCUUACAAAUGGUAAGAAAUUUAAACAUACAUGGGCUGGACUAUGGGUUCAAUAGAGAAACGUAUUCACAAAUGCUAAUGGGUAAAAUGAGGCUUCUAGGAGGAGACCUACUAUAGUUGCUAUUUGCUUUUGUCUUGCUUUUAAAUAUAAAAUUAAGCAACGGAAAUCGAUGCAAGGUCAUCAGGAGUGCUGGGUGGCCCAGUGGUCUAAACUGAGCCAAUCACAAGUUCAUGGUCUGGACUGGAUAUCAAUCCCCACCAAAGCCAAGUCAAGAGAACAACCUCACCAGCACCCCGGGUGGAUGGGACUCGUUGACCUUAUAUGGCAACUCAUCUAAAGGAAAACUCUUAAUUCAAACACGGAGAUGGCGUACCACAGGCGGCUAACAUGGAAACAAUGAAUCUUCCGACAACUCCUUCGACGCCACUGAUGCCAUCACGGAGAGGGCUGUGUCCAUGCUAAAAUAGCGUGGGUAAAAUAGCAUGGAUACAAGCGCUAUAUAAGUAUUCAAUCAACCAAUCAGUUAAAUAAUUUUUAUCUGUUUCUCACUUCAUUUUUUCUUUCUUUUUUUUUUUUUUAAACCCACCCUCUUUUCCCCGCCCCCUACUGUAAGACUGUUAGAGAAGUAUCUCACAAAUGAAGUUGGUGUUACAAAGUAGAAAGGUCAAUGUUUCUUGCCCCACCCUCAAAUAAAUAAUAAUCGGGCUGUCCCAGUUAACAAAUUGAGGAAAAAUUAUUAAAUUUCUUAUCAAGAAGUUUUAAGAUUUUUUUUUCAUCCAAAUUGCAAAGCGUACUUAUCCCAACAUCAAACACUGAUUUUAAUCUUAAUCAUUUGUUUUGACUCCCCCCUCCGUGACCCCCAGGCACGCUUUGUUCCGACAACAUCAACCAAACCAAGGUCCCCGGCGUGCUGACCUGUCCGGCCAACCUAGAAACACUGCCCUUCCAGCAGAAGUUGUGGCCUGACCACUGUGUGGAGGACGUCACGUCCGGCCCAACGUCUUCGAGCAUUUCAAAACAGCUGACCGUUAGUACCAGUGACGUCAUCAUUAAGACUGGAACCACAUGUCAGGUAUUAUUUCUCCACUAUAUUGCUUUGUAAAAUAGCAACAUUAGCUGCCUGGCUCGGUUCAUUAAUUCACAGAACAACGCUCCUCUCAUUCAUUCGAUAAGAAUAUAUCCGCUGGAAAAUAAAAGGUAGAGGACUCGAUACAAUUGACAUAGAACUUAAAAGAGGCAAGAAUCUCCCACUAAUAUAAAGAUCAUGGAUUAAAUGUGUUUUAUAAAUUAUUUUGAUAUAUAAAUACUAGGGUUUCACAACCUUGAUACCUAUCCCCGGCAGGGUUUCUUUCACUCGUCUCUCGGGGGGGGGGGUGUCCUCUUCCAAUGUUCCCUCUAAGGUUUGUUGGUUCGUGUGCAAAAUCAUAAAGUUGUGUGCAAAGUUUUACAGCAUCAAUUUUUUGUGCGCAAAAUUUUACAGCCUACAGACACAAACACACACUUAAGUGGAAAUUAGCUGCGCGGUACUCAAAACUGCUGCGCGGCGUCUGUGAGAUUGCUGCGUGGCCGUGCAGCCGCGCAGCUUAAAGGGAACAUUGGUCUCUUCCCCACCCCUAAGGAAAGAAAAGACAUAAGAUGUCUUUGAUCAUGACAAUGGCUAAUUUUGGCGCAUCCCCGACGAAAGUUUGACAUGCGACCUCAAAAUUGUCUGAAAGAAACAUUGAAUUCAAAGACGUGCAAAAAUGCACACCUCCAUUUUAAACUUGCGCGACUGUCUUCAGCACCCUCACUCUCUGCACGCCUUUCCUUACCCUGAUCAAUAUUACAGUAUGGGUUUGAAUAUCAUCUUCUGCUAAAUGAUUACCCGGGGCACGCCACGACUAAAAGUAAUUCAGUUUAUGUAUGGCACUGGCCCCAUAAUGGCUUCCCAGACCCUUACAAAUGCCCUGCCCCUGAUAAAAAAAAGUCUAAUAGAAACAUAGAAUUCAACUAUACUCCAAAAUGCACCUCUUGAUUUUGAAAAACGAAAAUAAAUUUUUGGGUGUAGGCUGCCCAGACCCCUCCACCGCUAAAGACUCAUCUUAUUUUCUUUCUUAUGCCUUUUACCCCGUCUUAUGCAUAGGGCGGCUACAAGAAUGUUCCAUUCAUCUCGGUCCUGUGCGUUUCUUUCAAGUUGUGUAUCCUAUACUUUCUUUGACUGCCUCUUGCUUGCGUCUCCAUGUAUUUUUAGGGCUUCCUCUCUUCAAUUUUCCCGGUGGAUUUCAUGAAGGGGAUUCUCUGGUGAUGUUAUCUGGGGGUUUGCGGAGAGUGUGCACUAUCCACAUCCAUCUGUUCCUUAUGUCUUCAGCAAUAGGUUCCUCAUAUGUCCUAACUAUAGGAACUCUUUGUUGGUGAUAGAUUUUGGCCACUUGAUGUUCAGGAUCUUUCUAAUGCAAGUGUUUAAUGAAGGUCUGGACCUUUUGCGGAAUCCUCGCUGUUCUCUAAGUUUCUGCUCCAUAGAGGACUGUUUUGACAUUUUUCUUGAAAAUUGUUAGUUUGAACUAUUUGAAGAAUCAGCCCCUUUUACUCCCCUAUUUUCUUGAAUAGCACAAAGGCUGACCCAGCGUUUCCAACUCCAGCCCUGGCAUCGGCUUCGGGUCCACCAUUUAAGUCAAUGAUGCUGCCUAAGUAUGUGAAGGCCUCCACUUCUUCCAGAGAAUUUCCUACCAGAAUUAUAUGCUCUUGGUUGGCUGAGUUUACCUUAAUAAUCUUUGUCUUGCUUUUAUUUCUAUAAACAAAAGCAAGAUUCAUUGGCACCCUCGAUUUUUACCCCACACCCCGAAAAAAAAGGGUCAACACCAUGCUCCCCCUUUCUACGCGACUGGAAGGUGCGUAGCUACAGCAUUUGGCGUUAUUGGACAUGUUUCAUUUUUACUCUCAAAUCUGAACUAAUUAUUUUCAGCCAUCGAAUUUCAUCAAGGUCUAUUUUGAUGCCCCCCCCCCGCUAGUCUGGCGCCCCUCGACGUAUGUCUUGUCUGGCGCCCCCCGACGUAUGUCUUGCCCCCAAAUAUUUCUGAUUUACCGCCGCGCCCCCCCCCCCCCAAUUGGUGGUCCGCGGAACAGCAACGGCCCGCCAGCCUUACUUUAUGGUCAAAUAAUAAUUUAAAAGACCGGCACCGGUACCUGGUGCCAUAUCAAAUCGUGUUCAUCGGUCCGCUCCCCAUAAAAAGUUGAGAAGCGUUGCUAUACAGCAUUAAGUCUUUUAAUGUGUCAGUGAACAGUAUGUGAAGGGAAGGUGGGUGGAUGGCGUGGUCCUACACAUGCGGCACUAGCUUCGGACGGGAUUUUUUCCCGUUUUAUAUAAUUUGUAUAGUUGUUUUUUCUGUGUGUUCUGUAUGUCGUCUGGCUAUCGUUAAUCAGGUGCGGCGAAAUCAAGGACUGUUCCGGGGGUCACUAACAAUAAUUGCUAGGAACCGACUGGACAAUGCCUCCGUGGACUCGACAUCAAUCGAGUUUCAAGGCUGCCGUGGCACCCGCUGGGAGCCGUUACGAUAGCCGCAUCGUGUCCCAAACCGUUGCACAUAAACCAGAUCAUGGAUGCAGCAACGUACGCUGUCAGAAUCGGUCACACAAACUAUAAGCCAAUCUUUUGAUAGGGAACCAAAGUAAGCCGUCAUGACAUAAAGUUGUACUGUGUCAUGUUGUAUGUGCUCAGCGUCAUGACAUAAAGUUGUACAGUGCUAUGUUGUAUGUCCUCAGCGUCAUGACAUAAAGUUGUACUGUGUUAUGUUGUAUGUCCUCAGCUCGACACAUACUCUGCAUUUUACGACAACGGUCAUCUCUUUGAGACGGAGUUGGAAGGCACACUGAAGUCAAAUCAAAUCAACACUGUGUUUGUGAUGGGUCUAGCACCUGACUUCGAUGUCACGCACACAGCACUGGAUGCUAUAUCAUUGGGUGAGUACAGUACACAUCACUGGAUACUAACACAUUAGUCGAGUACAGCCAUAGCAAUGGGUUAUAUAUUAUUGGGUGAAUACAGUAAACAGCACUGGAUGCUAAACCUUUGGAUAAGCAAGUGGAUGCUUAAGAUUUAGGUGAAUACAGCCUGCAUCUCUGGCUCUCUCUGAAUACAGCCUGCAACUCGGGCUCUCUCUGAAUACAUCCUUCAUCUUUGGCUCUCUCUGAAUACAUCCUUCAUCUUUGGCUCUCUCUGAAUACAUCCUUCAUCUUUGGCUCUCUCUGAAUACAGCCUGCAACUCGACUCUCUCAGAAUACAGCCUGCAUCUCUAUCUCUGGGUACAUUUUUCAUUACUGAAUAUUAAUAAUUGCUCUAGAUUCCUUUCAUGUCUAUACUGACCACAGACAUUGUUUUGUUUCGUAUUUUUCUUGUUCUUGAAUCUGGUGUUCUUAGAUUUUAAAAAUCCUCCAGAUAAGCAAAAGCUUCUUGUACAUUGUAAAUAAGCCCUAAUAAAUACCUAGUGUAAUGGCAAAUUUUAAUCUAACUGCGACAAUUCAUUUAUUAAUCUGUUCUAGGAUAUGUAAUUUUCCUAUAUUUAGAUUGAAAUGGAUAAGUUUAAAAUAAAAUUGAAUGGAUGCAGCUAUUAUUGCCUUCAUUUUAAAAAAGUGACAAAAAUAUUUUAGAAGACUCGAAAAUUUGAACUCUAAAUUUUAUAAAUAAAAUUCAUUUAAUCCUAUCUGAAAAUAAAAAAUAAAAUAAAAAUAGCCUGUUAUUUUUAAAUAUAUUUAUCUUCUAGUUUGUGUAUGUUAUUUUUUUUCAAAAUGAGGUCACGCAUGUGAGUGUUACUCUCAGAUGUCGCUAUAGCAACAGUUUCCAAUGAUUUUUGUUUUUGUUUCCCAGGCUACAAGACUUUCACAGUCGUCGAUGCAUCGAAGUUCAGGGCCAAUGGCACAGAGGAUGAAGCCCUGGCAGAAAUGAGCGAAAAAGGUCAACCUAGAGGUCCUAAUCUUAUAUGGGGCCCUAAUCUUAUAUGGGGCAGUGCCUAAAAACCAGUGUCUCCUUCCCUACCCCACCAUCUUUAAAAACAUCGAGAAGUUCUUAAACGACAAUUAAUAUGAAUCGACCUAAAUGGUAACCCACUCAAAAAUAAUUCAUCCUAAUUUCGGUUAAAUGUUCAAACAUUUCGAUUCAAUUCAAAUCUCUGCAUAAAACUUUUUUAAAUGCUAUAUUAGCGAGAGUGACGACAAAUUACUUCAGACUUUCGGAGCCGUAUCAUCCUAUAGAAUUAAUCAAAUACUGUUACUAGCGGUCCCCAAUUCCUCGCCAUCUCUAGUCUCAUUUUUUUGUUAAAUAGUAGUUUAAAAUAUUGCGUUAACUUAAAUAAAAUAUUAAUUCUUACAUCUUGACCUUACGCGCCACACAAUUAUGUAAGAGGCAGGUUUUCGUUUUGUACAACAUAUUUUUCACUUUUAUAGUGCGCCUUUAUUUCUUGACAAAGACUGAGAGAGCUACACUGUCUUCUGGAAACACUUAAAACUUUUUAAUUCCAUUGUUUUUUUUUUAAAUCCUGUUUUGUAUUUUAUUUUAUUUAUUUUUUUUUUAAAUUUUGUUUUUUUUAAGAAGGCAUUUGACCGAAACUGCUCUGUCUUAUUUUCAAGUCUAAAAAUAUCUUAGUUCUGCUAUUUAUUUAUUAACCUAGCUUUAAAAAAAAAAAGAUUAUUUAAAUUCAUUUGUAAAAAUGACAUAAUAAUAAAUGUGUUUUUUUUUUUUUAAUUCUUGUUUUUUUUUUUAUUUUUUUUUUUUUUUUUUUAUAUUUUUUUUUUUUUAAGAAGGCAUUUGACCGAAACUGCUCUGUCUUAUUUUCAAGUCUAAAAAUAUCUUAGUUCUGCUAUUUAUUUAUUAACCGAGCUUUAAAAAAAAAAAAGAUUAUUUAAAUUCAUUUGUAAAAAUGACAUAAUAAUAAAUGUGAAGACUUGAGGACCCUUGGUUCAGGAUACAUUAAUGAAGGUUUACAUUUUUGGUACAGGAGUGGUGCUGAUAAGAUCUGAUGAAGUGAAGGAUUUUUUAACUGGCAAGGUAAUUACCUACUAAGAUACCAUUUAAGGCCUCGAGGUAUGUAUGAUCUAGGCAUCCAACGGGUUUACAUUUAAACCUUGUUAAUCUUGUGCAGUUCGCGGCUAGGAAAAUGCCAGAUCAUGCCGCUUACAUACAGGGUCGACGUGGGAUGUAUCGGGUAGAAAUGAAGUUAGAGAUUAUAUUUCUCAAACAUUGUAAUCAAUGUCUCCUGUAAAAUCAGAUUUGUUAAAUUUAAUUUUUUAAAUAUUUUGGUUAAAACUCUUGUUUCUCUUUUUUUUUUGUUUAAACUCUUUAUUUGGUCUUUUUCUUUGGUCUUUUUUUUUUCCAGAUGCCACGAAAUACAGCCAAGAAGAUGGCGACCCAAGGAACACAGCUGCCAGCUUUUAUACUUUAUGUUGUGGUGGCACACUGUUACUUCUUAAAUUAAUGAAUGUUCUCUGUCCCUCACCUCAUUCCUUCUGUCCCUCUCUCUUCCCUCUCUCUUUCCUCUCUCCCCUCUCUCUCUCUCUCUCUCUCUUCUCUCUUCUCUCUUCUCUCUCCUCUCUCUCUCCUCUCUCUCUCCUCUCUCUCUCUUCUCUCUCCCCUCUCUCUCCUAUCUCUCCUCUUUCUCAUCUCUCUCCUCUAUCACCUUAAUCUUUCUAUCUUCUCUCUCCUCUUUCUAUUCACUCUCUCUUCUGUCUUUGUUCUCUCUUCUUUCUCUCUUCUUUCUCUCUUCUUUCUCUCUUCUUUCUCUCUCUUCUUUCUCUCUCUUCUUUCUCUCUCUUCUUUCUCUCUCUUAUCUCUCUAUUCUCUCUCUCUCUUCUCUCUCUUUCUUUCUCUCUCUCUCUCUCUCUCUCUCUCUCUCUGUCCAGUCGUGAAAGUAUUUCUUCUAUAAAUAUCUGCACAUGUCUGUGUUCCUUCUAUCUUUCAAGGCUCAAGUUUAGUAUAAGGCUUACAACAAAGAUAUACAUACAUUGUAUUGUAUUUGUUUGCGGUCACAACUAGCUGAUCUAUAAAGUGACUGAAUGCAUUCCUUAAAGUUGUCUUGAUAAAAGGGGUCCGCUUUAUGUUCGUGAGCUCCACAAUUAUUUUUUUUUU